CGCGCAAACUCAGUGUUGUGUUCGAACGCGACUCGUGCGCAUGUUGUCGCGUUCCACGUUUGAAAAGUAACGAAGUAACAACGAAAUAUCCGAAUUUGUGUUUAUGUGUUCCGAAAUCGAUUGUUGGGUUUAAGUUUAUUUUAAGUUAGUGCACGAAAAUGGUCCAGUGACGUGUUUUGAAAUAGUUUCGGGUGAUUUUUUUUUUUCGAAUUAACCUGACCGUGGGCAAGUGCACGCUAUUGUUUUCUUUGUUGACUUGAAGCAGCUGUCAAAAUAAACGGAUUAUCAAGGUUCUGUUCUACCAGUCUCACGCCAUAUUAAAAGAACGAAAAACACCAAAAAAAAAACAACGAAAAAACGAUGAAUUAAUUCAAAAAAAGAACAGCAAGGAAAUGUCACACGCGCAUUAAACUGAACCAAUCAUGCGCAUCUUUCUACCAUCUUUGACAGUUUGACAAGUGACACAAAAUGGCGCAUAAAGUGAAGAACAACCAUUAUGUAGCGACGCACAGGUCGGGGAUCGAUUCCCCGUCGUCUGGGGGGUACAUCCACCGUGCGUCCUCCAGAGAGGAGAAUGACAGUCAUCGGGCACCUUCGGAACGCACUCUAUCUGAAUAUACGACAAUGGACGAGAGGACCCGGUCACCAUCAGGCGAGCACAGGAACGGCAGACGGCAUCAGCACACGAACGGUUCUCCGCGAGCUGACUCCGGCUCCGAUGUCUACGUCACCAGUGCAGCGUACCGACCUCCUUCAGAAAUCAGCCGGCAGUCCCGGGCACCUCGGAGUGUAUACUCUUACCGGAGCGCGGUGGCUCCCUCUGUCGCCUCUACACACAGAUCCAAAGUUUCCAGAAAGGCUGGAGUGAAGGUAGACGCGAUGGCGGCUCCGAACCCGUUCUGCCCCAACGUGAAGGGCAUGUGCUGCCUGAUGCUGCUGCUGAACCUGGGCCUCAUCCUCGUCACGCUGGGCUUCGUCAUCGUGCUGCAGUUCUUCGAGCCAUUGUUUGUAUGGAUUCUAGGCAUAGUCUUCCUAAUCUUCGGUUUCCUCACACUCCUGGGCAGCCUGAUAUAUUGCGUCGUGCUAUGCCGAGAGAACCCAUACCCGCGGUACCCAGACGACUUCUACUGGACACAUCACUGGUCGAAGACCAUAGGACCGUCCGAGAUCCAUUAUAGUGCUAGUGAAAAACAAUACGUUAAGAAUGGACAUAGCGACAGAUAUAAUAAUAAGUAUAAUGGAAAAUAUUCUGAUAGGGAAAGCGCUAAGGGUUAUUCAGACCGAGAAAGUAAACUUAGUAGGUACUGAGAAUCUCAAUUUUUAUUUUUACCCGGUCUUUAAUCCAAGAAGUCUUAGUACGUGUUUAAUUUACGUUUAAUUUCGAGCCGGCCAAUCAGAGAGUCUAACUCGCUCUCGUUUCGUUUUCGUUCAACGUAAAGCAAACUUGUACUAAGGGUGCAGACAUUUACAAUAUUAUAUGAUGAAGUGCUGUUUAUGUCCGAUUUUGGGGUUAGGUAAUGUCAACAGCCUUUAUAAAGAUUUUUUAGUCAUCAUUUUUACACCAGACCAGUCGUCGGAUAAAAUUAAUGGAGUCAAAUAAAUUAAAACUUGACGCAGUAUGAGUAAAACAAGUUGUUUAUUCUAUUCUCACAAUUGUUGUUAUGUACCUUUGAUAUUGUGUUUUGUCCCGUGAAUAAUUUUUAUCUGAUUGCUCAUCUGAGUUUUGUCUAUGAACUCAUAAAAUUGUAGUCCAAUAUUAAGAUGUAGACAUUGCACCUACUUAAAAAUUGUUAAUUAUUGAAAUGGUAGACGAAAACGAAACGAGAGCGCAUUCGGCGCUCUGAUUGGCCAGUGCGUAAUGAACUAACGAACUAACCAAUCAGAACGCUAAACGCACACCGUUUCGUUUUCGUUCAACGUAAAGCAAAAUCGUACUAAGUUAACUGGUUUUUUCAAUAAAGUUAUUAAAUAUGUCUGACUGUCUGUCUGUCUACAAGUCUAUAUAAAAAUAUCUACUUACUAAUGUUAUUAAAAUGUUGUCAAUAAACCAUUAAAGAUAUAUUUAUUAGAAUAGAACGAUUAUUUAGUUAAUGUGUAGUAACAAUGUGUACUUAUCUCCAUAGAUUAUAUUAUGAAAGAUUUUAAUUUAAUGUAAAUAAUAUGAAUUAAGCAUAAAUACACUCAGAAUUAAAUGCCAUAUUAAUUUACCCGUUAAUGUAGAGUGUUUAGAGUAAGUUAGGGAACAUGGAAUAAUAAAAAGAAUAUAUUAUUAUUUGUGAAUAACAUAAAAAUAAUUUAUGUAAAGUUCCCGCUUCCCGCCAAAACAAUAUGGCCGCGACUUAGUGCGCAUAACUUUAAACAAGAGUGGUCAUAUUGAAGGAAUUGUAAGUAAAUUAAUUAUGUAUAAGUACACUCAAAAAGUACAUUAAAUUAUGUGUAGAAGUUUUGCACCGUACAUAAUGUAUCUGUAGUCAAAACAUGGUGGUUUUUUAUAGCGAAAAUUGAAGAAAAAAUUAGAAUAUUUUGUAAAAUAUUAUGCGCAUAUUUAUCACUUAAUCUUCUGAAAAUAUUGUAAUUUCCACGGUGUACUCCUUCCCUGUCCAGUGUACUAUAUUUUUAGAAUUUAAACAUCUAACCUGACUUUAAUCGACGGAAUUAAAAUAUAAAAUAAAUAAUUUUGUAUAAAGUGUAACAAAA